GGGGGUGAUAGGAUGUUGGGUAGGUAAGAGGCUGUUAUAAUAGAAGGAUGUUUAUGGUGACGGGAUGUUGGAGGAAAGGGAGGAUGGGAAAAGGAGAAUGUUGGGGAGAAGGAUGCUGUUAGGAGGGAAGAGGCUAUUAGGAGGAUGUUUGGGGGUAUAGGAUGUUGGGUAGGAAAGGGAGGAUGGGAAAGGAGGAUGUUGGUGGGAAGGAGGAUGCUGUUUGGAAUGGAUCCUUCCCUUCCAAACAGCUUCCCUUCCAAACAGGGGGGGGAGGGACAAGGGAUCCUUCCCUUCCAAACAGCAUCAUUCUCACCAACCCUCCUGGGUUUGGGAAGUGGAAGAAGAUGUUGGGGAGGAGGGGAGAACGUUGGGAAGAGGAGGUUGUUUGGGGGUAUAAUGGAAAUGGGAGUAGAGGGAGGGGGAGAGGGGGGAGGGACACAAAAAAUAGAGGAGAGUUUAAGGAAUGAAGAUGGGGGCCGUUCGCCCAUCUUUAUACUAUUUUAUUUUAUAGUUUAUUAUUUAUUUUCUCAUCAUUUAUUAUUUUAUUUUUUUAUUGUCACUAUUACAGCUGUUAAUAAAAAAAUAUAUUUCCUUUAA